UUGAGAAAAUUUGAUAAUUUGCUGAGAUCACAGAGACCCAAAGAUUUUUCCAAUGUAAAUGAAAGAUGGAUUAAUAAUUUUUCUUCAAUUAAGGACAUCCCUGAUAAUGUUCUUUACUUACUUAGUAUGGGUGAUCGUUUUAAUUUGCCUUACACGCGAUCACUUCCUAUCGAUGAAAUAAUUGCUGAUUGUGAAACUAUCAUUAAAAAACAUAAUGUAGAUGAUAGAGAUGUACUGCGGAGCAGGGUUGUUAAUGUUAUUACAAACUUUGUCGGUUCAUACCAUGGGGGGAAACAACAUGACUCUUGGAUCUCUCGAUCGAUUAAGGAAACCAGGAUGUUUUUGUCUAGUUAUAGAGAGCGAAUUAUAAUUGUCAGAGCUGAUAAGGGAAACAUUACAGUUAUCAUGGAUAGGGACGAAUACUUCAGCAAAGCACUCAACUUGCUUGGUGAUUCAAGUACAUAUAAAGUUUUAGAUUCUGAACCCACUGUUAAAAUACAGAACAAGAAUAAUAGAUUAGUAAAAGUGUUGCUUGCUAAGAAUAUAAUAACCGAAGAAGAAGCUAGGCUGUUAACUACUAAUAAUGGAGUUACCCCUAAAAUGUUCACCGAUUUUCGCCCUGAGCAAAUUUAUUUCUAUGACACUGGAGCCAAUUUUUAUUAAAGAUGAAUCAUAUGUAAGGAACUCCUUUGAACUUUUUGACUCUAUCAAUAAAUUUCAGUUACCACCAGGCUAUAAGUUGGUGUCCCUUGAUGUGAUAUCCCUUUUCACCAAUACCCCUACAGAUUUAGCCUUGAAUAUAAUUGAAGAUGGAUGGCAUCUCGUUGAAAACAAGUCCUUUGAUUUUGCAACCUUUAAAAUAAUUUACGAAUUCAUCAUCGAUAGCAGUUAUUUUUCUCUUAAUGACACCCUUUAUUUGCAGAUCUUUGGUUUUGGUAUGGGGGGCUGCAUUUCUUCCAAAUGUGCUGAAAUAGUUAUGUCCCAGUUACAAAAGGUUUCCAUUGCUAAAUUACCUUUUCUUGUGCCACUUUUUCGUAGGUAUGUAGAUGACCUAUUGAUAUCGAUACCGGUCGGUAGUGACGAUGAGGUUCUGCGUGUCUUUAACAGUUUCCACCCCCGUUUGCAAUUUUCUCUAGAGAACGAACACAAUGGCAGCAUAAGCUUUUUGGACCUUAAGAUUCAACGAGAUGAAUUGAACGUUCUAACUGUUGAUUGGUUCCAUAAGCCACCUUCUCUGAACGUUAUAUAAAUUUUUUCUCUCAUCAUCCGCUCGUGCAUAAGAUCAGCAUUAUCCGAAAUUUGAAACAUAGAGCGUUACACCUCUCUGAUGAGGUAUACUGGGGGAAAAACUUAGAAUACAUAAGAUCGAUACUUCUUAAAAAUAAUUAUCCUAUUUCUAUUAUAAACCGUAUUCUCGGUGAGGGUUUUCCGAUUAAUGUCCCGGUUGCUUCCCAGGGGGUUGAUGGUGUUGGGGAUGUCUUAACAACAAAAAAAUUCUACGGACUAGUUUACGUUAGGUCCCUAUCGGAAAGGUUGGCGCAUAUAUUGAAAUCUGAUGUUUUGCAUGUAGCUUUCAGAAAUAAGAACACUGUUGGCGUUAAUUUUUUCACCCGUAUCAAGGAC